AUGAACUUGGUUCCGCCUCAGUCACCGCCCAAACAAUCGGGUCGGAAGGGAAGUAAAAAGGUUCGCACUGGUUGUAUUACCUGCAAAAUUCGCAAGGUCAAAUGCGAUGAAGCCAAACCAUUCUGUCUACGAUGCAUAAAAACAGGCCGUCAAUGCGACGGCUACCGUCCAUCCCCAAACUCCUCCCCAGAACCACUAUCCCUGAGUCCAGCACCAGGCUUCGACUCCCACCAAGAAGUCCACGCCUUCGACCACUACCGCCUACGCACCGCCAAAGUCCUCUCCGGUGUCAUCGACGCCAGUUUCUGGGGCGGCGUAGUUCUUAAAAUGAGCGCUACAGAACCUGCUGUUCGUCAUGCCAUUCUUGCGAUUAGCAGUCUUCAUGAAGCUGUUGAGAACAGAACAAAGGGACUUGAUACCCGCUUUGCGUUUCGAGAAUAUGGAAAUGCGAUUACCUCACUACGAAAUUGGGGGGAUCGGAAUGAACCUUCCCUUGUCCCGUUGCUUGUUUGUGUGUUGUUUAUUUGUGUUGAGUUUCUUAUUGAUCGGGAUACCGCUGCGCAGAUGCACAUCUGCCAAGGACGUCAGAUUCUCUCAACAUUGGGUAAUGGACGAUCACCUGCCAUGGAAACGAUCAAGCAUGUUCUCGUACCCAUUUACGCACGCUUGAGUUUGUCAAGUUUUCUGUUCGGCAGUCGUCCUGCGCCUAUUCCGGCACAUUUACGAAGCUGGACUGACAUGCCCGUCAUGUUCAGCAGUAUUGAAGAAGCGCGAUAUGCGUUGUAUCUAUUACAAGACGAUACACUGCAGUUCGCUUUUGCUGCGAGAAGUAUUAUUUUCGACCCAGAGGCCGAUCCUCAACAAAUCGUUCAUUUUCAACAUGAACAACAGCGCCUCUUGUCGCAAUUGACUCGGUGGCACGCUGCAUUUACAGUCGUAACAGCAAUGACGCCCCAAUCACCCGCCCUCGAAAGCGCCCUCAACGUUCUCAGAAUCUACCAUCAAUCCACGCUCAUCUACAUCUCCACCGCUCUGGACACAAGCGAAAUGGGCUACGACAGCUAUACGUCCAACAGCGCGACGAUAAUCUCUCUAGCAUCCACCAUCAUCGGGUCAGGCUCAAACUCCAAACUCGAGGCAUUCAGUUUCGAAACAGAGAUCAUACCGCCUGUUUACUGGGUCGCCAUCAAAUGUCGCCAUCCUUUACUUCGAAGAGCAGCGCUGAAUCUUUUGACGAGAGAUCAAAUGAAGAAUCGCAGGGAGAAUUUAUGGCAUGCGCGCGAAACAUCCAUCAUCGCAGCACGCAGCAUCGAAAUAGAAGAGUCAGACUACGACACACCAGAUCGAAACACCUCCAGUCCACGAAGUAUACCAUCUUCCAGCUCGCUAUCCUUCGACUCCGAAGAAAUCUACGAAUACCUCGUCAGCAAAGACAUAAAGAUAAAAGUCCCCACCACAAAACCUCCUUCCCUACCCGCACCACCACCAUCAUUCACAGACCCCACGCCCGAAGAGUUCAUAUCCGGAUCACCGUACAGUCUAGGAUCAUCGCCAGAACCCACGACGCCAGAUGGUGUACCGCAGCUUGAUGUAACAGCGCUUAAGACGAGUGGGUUGGAGCCGCCGUUUAAUAUUCCGAAUGAGAGAAGGAUUAAGAAUGCGGUUUUUGGACCGGCGGAGAUGGAUGGGAUUUUGGUUACUUUCUUUAGGGAUCCGGAGCCUGGGGAGAUGAAGUGGAAGGUUACGAGGGAGUUUUUGAGGUUUGGGAAUGGAUAUGAUGUACGAUGA